CUAGAAUUCUAGUCCUGCUUAUCCUGAGUGGACUUUUGAUUGCAUAUUUCGUCAAUGGCGUUAUGGAAAUCAAAGAUGAGCGUCCAACAUUGCGCUCACGAUCAUUUGAUAGUUCCUCUAUUCCAGUACCAUCAUUAAAGGUUGUCGGACCAUUUAUUUAUGACAUGGAAUGUAAUAUGACUGCAUUAUCCAUCGGCGACCUCCCAAAAGAUUAUUGUUCAGAGACAUUCUCAUGGGUUGUGGAAGAUGUUAAUUCUACGUCUGGAUAUUUCUUUCCGAAUUCGUCAUUAAAUUUUGUUUCUUAUGACUCUGAGGCGGUAAUUAGAAUCACAACUUCCAAUAGGACUAAUAAUGGUACUAUUCGGGAUUUAACUGUAGUUCUUUAUGACCAAAACUUGACUCCCAUUCAUUUUAUUAGCGAGGCUGAAAAACAACAAGGAAAUGCCCCUCAAAGAAUAGGUUUCGAUAAAAAAUUUGCUGACUCUCUUGAUGCUCUGAAUGUUUAUACAAUCAGUUAUAAUCGUAUUCAUUAUAUUACGAUCUCUCGGUUUAUUCAAAGAUUGAUGAUACCUUCCUGGUUGAAUUACCUUGGAGUUCCUCCUUCCUAUAAGGAAGAUCCAUAUAUAAGAACAGUAUUUCAUGUCGGUGAAAGCGAUCAAACUCUGUAUUCUACUAUUCAUAUAAAAGCGCAAUCGUUUGUAAUAAAUGUGGAAGAGGAAUUAAAAGAUAAAACGGCGUUAACCUUACUGGGAUUGAUGGGUGGUGCCAUCGGCCUUGUCACUUCCAUAUACAGCUUCUUGUUUGGCGACGCAAAAUUGUCUCCUUGGGGAUUUAUUCAAAAGUUUGGGUGUUGUUUCUCAACGAUAGCAAGCAAAAAGCUACAGAGACAAUUUAAUGGCGCGCGUAAAGGUGUAAACGAUGGUACUUAUCAACCCAUUAUGCCUUCUACAGUACAAAAUAUGGAUUUAGAUGACAUUAAUCUAUUGUUGAGAGAUUAUGUGGUGGACUUAGAAUUUUUGUAUCGUGCGAUAAAGUUGAAAGGUGAAGAGAAUGUUGAGAUUAGGAAGGGUGAAGUUAUGGAUGAAGUUUGA